CCCCGGCGCUGCGUGUCUCGUGGGGUGCUACGGGGGGUGUCAGUGGCCCCGGCCAGGGCCCAGCCAAUCCCCGGCCGGCGGGAAGGGCCGCUGGGGUCCGGACCCUUCUCUAGGGGACCCCGGGGGCGGGGCGAGGCGGCAAGUGGAUGCGCGGCUGGGCUGUUUCCGGCGCACACCCGCCGCCGCACGGAGACCGGGCCGCGCUAGCUGGUGAAAUCGCAUCGGCCUUGGGGGCCAUGGAGCCUCAGCCCGGCUGAUUGCUUCCCUCUCCCACCCCCCGUGCCGGGGGGUCCGGCCGGCCGGCUCCGCGGGGCCGCUGGCGGGGCUGGGGCGAAGGGAACAAACCGGUUCCGACCCCUCUGGCCGCCCGGUACCAGGUCGCUGCCCCCUGCAGCGUAGCGGUUCCCUUUUCACACGUGGUUGCACUGGGCAGCGCUGCGGCGCAGCCGGAAGACACGUUCCCCGUGUGACCUCGGGGGCUUUGUAAGGGGGCAGGACUCUCCCCUUUGCCCUUGAGGGAGUGCAGAGGCAUUUCAGCCGGAGAUAGACGGGCACCAUGUGGGUGCUAGAUGCACCUCUGUACCAGGACAGCUGCAGCCACACAAGGGGUGCUGCAGGGAACCAGCCAGGGCUGUUCACUGCCCCCUCCCUCCCCACAAGGCCCGGAGACAUCCCCCGCAGUACCCAGAUGGCUCGACAGGACAAGCCCAAGGACCAGUUUCAUGCUGUGGGAAUCAUCAUCUUCAUCCUGGGUCUGGGCACCCUCCUGCCCUGGAACUUCUUCAUCACGGCCAUCCCGUAUUUCCAGGCCCGGCUCAUCGUGGGGACCAGCUCGUCCGUGGGCCCGGGCGGGAACAGCUCUUGGGGGAACAGCUCUGGGACGCAGCCAGCCCCAGCCCGGGAUGACUUCAACUUCAACAACUGGCUCACGCUGCUCUCCCAGCUCCCUCUGCUUCUCUUCACUCUGCUCAACUCCUUCCUCUACCAAUGCAUCCCGGACAAGGUGCGGGUCCUUGGCAGCAUGAGUGGCAUCCUCCUCCUCUUCAUCCUCACGGCCGUGCUGGUCAGGGUGGAAAUGCCCCCCCACAGCUUCUUCUCCAUCACCAUAGGCUCUGUGUGGUUCAUUAACUCCUUCUGCGCCGUCCUGCAAGGCAGCCUGUUCGGGCAGCUGGGCACCCUGCCCCAGGGCUACAGCACACGCUUCCUGAGCGGCCAGGGCAUGGCCGGGACCUUCGCCGCCAGUGCCAUGCUGCUUUCCAUGGCUAGUGGUGUGGACGCGCAGACGUCUGCCCUGAGCUACUUCAUCACCCCCUGUGUCGGGACCCUGAUCUCCAUUGUCUGCUAUCUGAUGCUGCCCCGUUUGACCUGCUCCUGUCCUGUCGCCCCCUGCAGGCUUUCUUCCGUCACUACAUGGAGCGGAAUUGGCAGCGUGACCCACACAAUGAGUUGGAGACCAAGGCUGGGCUGCUGGGCCCCGAGGAACAGAGUGGGGACCAGUUGGAGAGGCCUGGGGAGGAGCCGCAGGGCCCGGAGAAGCCAAUGGUGGGAAUGGUUAACGGGACGUUCAGGACAUUGGAAGAGAUCAGCGUGGAGAGCUCCGGGAAGGGAGCCUUCGCCCUGCACAAUGGGACAGCCACCAAUUCCCAGAACAGGGGGCCGGGACCAGAGAGACCGUCAGUGUUCGGUGUGCUCCGAAAGGCAGCUGCGUCUCAUUGAGAGGUUCUGGAGCUAUUGGGGGUGGGGCCCAGCUGGCUCUGACUGUCUUCCCACCCCCCUGCAGAUCUGGCUGCUGGCACUCUGCAUUGUCAUGGUUUUCACUGUCACCCUGUCCGUGUUCCCUGCCAUCACUGCUACCGUCACCAGCACCUCGGAGAGCAGGCAGUGGAGUGAGUUCUUCACCCCUGUCUGCUGCUUCUUGUUGUUCAACGUGAUGGACUGGAUGGGCCGCAGCGUCACCUCGUGCUGCCUCUGGCCAGAGAAGAGGCUAUGGCUACUCCCCCUGCUGGUGGGCCUGCGCUUCCUGUUUGUGCCUCUGCUGAUGCUGUGCCAGGCCGAGCCCCGCACCCGCCUGCCCGUGCUCUUCCACCAGGAUGCCUGGUUCAUUCUCUUCAUGCUGCCUUUCUCCCUCUCCAAUGGCUACUUCGUCUCGCUCACCAUGUGCCUCGCCCCCAAGCAGGUGCUGCCGCAGGAGAGCGAGCUGGCUGGAGCCAUCAUGACCUUCUUCCUGGCACUAGGGCUGUCGUGUGGAGCGGGGCUCUCCUUCCUCCUCAAGGCCCUGCUGUGAGCCCCCCUCAGAUCCAUCCCCUCAUCUUCCUGCAGCAUCCACCAUCGCCAGCAGCUCGUCUGAGUACACCCCAUCAAACUGGGGGGCUUGGAAUAGGAGGGACAGGGUGGCUUUGCAUAGGAGGGGGGCUGGUACCUCUUGACUUCCCCCUUUCUUUCCAUGGGCAUCAUCUCAGCCCGGUGGGUGUAAAGAUUAGUAUCCUGUCAGUCUCCCCCGCCCUCCCCCCCCAGUCUCCUGUUACAAGGCAGAUACCCCAUCAGGGGUUGCCCCCCAGCCCCAUUCUGCUCCCCACCACCAUUCCAUAGAAAUUCCAGCAAAGGGGAUGUCUAUAGAAUGGUGUGGAGGGGGAGGAAAGGGUUAAUGUAAAGAGAUAUCUGGGUUUUUAAUGUCUUUAUUUGUGGGGCUCCUGGGCUGAUUUUGGCUGGCUCCUGAGCCCAAGUGGGGGGCCUGAGCCCAUGAGGUGUCAUGGGUUACACAAAGGGACACCAUAGCAUACCACUUUGCCUGGAGAUUCAGAUAGAGCCCAGGACUCCUGGGUUCUGUCUCCAACUCCUGCCCCUUCACCCUGGGGUUGAGGAAGGAGAGGACCCCAAGGGUUGCUGGGGCUUUGCCUCUGCUGCACAAACGCACAUCCAAGCCAGACUGCUGGCUGGGCUCUAAAGGGUUAAAUAUCCCCUCUCUCCUGACCCCCAUAAGGGUCCUGGCUCCUGACUGGCAAAUGCCAUAGUGUGGUGGCUACUGCCCUUUAGAGGGAAUAUUGCCUAAUGGGUAGGACAGGAGAUGGGAGCAAGGACACCUGGGUUCUGUCCCCAACUCUGGGAGGCGCAUGCUGGCCAGUUGAUUGUAAACUCUUUGGGGCAAGGUCUUGUCUGUGCUCUAAAGUGCCUAGUAUGCUUUAGGUCAGUGGUUCUCAAACUUCCGUCCUGGUCACCCCUUUCACACAGCAAGCUUCUGAGUGCGAACCCACCUUAGAAAUUAAAAACACUUUUUUGUGUAUUUAACACUAUUAUAAAUACUAGAGGUUUGGGGGUGGAGGUUGAGAGCUCGUGACUCCCCAUGUAAUAACCUCACGAUGACCCCCAGUUUGAGAACCCCCCUGCCUUAGGUGCUAGAUAAAUAAUAAUAGUUAGAGUAGGUGUGGCUGAGACCCAGGACUCUUGGGUUCUACUCUGGGCUCAGGGAGGGGCUGAGAGCUGGUCACAUGAGGGGAAACCGACGUACAGAGUAAUCUGCGUUUGUAAAGCACUUUGGAGUCCCUUAGUGGAAGGUGCUGAAGGACAAUAAUCUCAUGGCCUAGAUAAGGGACUUCCCUCCCAACCCCUGCUGGUCCCAGUUCUUGAGCCUGCCAGCCAGGUCUCCAUGAGCACCCCAGGACUGGCACAUCCCCUCCUGGCAGCGCCCUGGGGCACUGCCUGCUGCAGCAUCCAAAGAAGGGAAAGAAACCUCUUUUGUUGUUAACUUUCUGGUGCAUAAAGUUUUAAUUUCUCCACUGGAACCUCUGCCCCUUUGUGUCUUCCCCCAGAUUCUUCUCUCCACCUUUAGGACUUUAUGGUAGUUAGAUUCGCCCCCUUCUGAGUACGAACCUUGGACCUCCCGAGCCAAAGGAGUGAUUCCUCUAGCAGGCAUCAGUAGCCAUGGCCCAGCUGCUAGCAGGCAGCUUUGUGCUACUGGAAGAGCUCAAGGGUGGCUCAUGGGCAGGUCUGGUGACUCAGCAGACCUGGGUUUGGUUCCCUGCUGUGCCCUGUAUUCCCUGCAUGUUCCUUAGCCUCUCUGUGCCUCAAUUUCCCCAUCUGUACAAUGGAGAUAUUAGCACUGCCUUGCCCUCCCUGGGGCACGAGGGUAUAUUCAGUUCAUGUUGUGAUGUGCCCAGAUACCAUGGUGGCAGGUGCAAUAGAAAUCCCUGUGAGAGAGAAGGAUAUGGUGGCAUUUUUCCCCUUUGGCUUUAUUGUGUGUGUGGGGUUGGGGUGGCUGUUUUACUGUAUUUCAUAGGCUGCUUUUUGCUCUUUUUAAUAAGUUUGAUUUUUAUUUUAUUUUUUUUUGCAAUAAAAGUGAUGUGAGGUUUUUUU